AUCAGGAAACUCAGACAUUGUUCUUUUGGAUUCAAAAAAAAAAAAAAAUCACAUUUCCCAUUUUCAAAAAUUCAUCAUCAUCAUUAUUAUUAUUAUUACUACUACCACCACUACUACUACUACUACUACUACUACUACUACUACUACUACUACUAUUACAAGUUUGUAGGGAGGGGAAGCAAUUCAAAGAUGGCUGCAGUAAAAGCUUAGAUAAGAUUUGUGAGCAGGAAUUAGCUUGGAUUUCAAGAAAUAUUACAACAAUCUAGGAUAGAAUAUUUUCAAGAAUUUGAAGCAGUCUUAAAGAACGCAAACUUCAUCCGAAACGAAACAAAAUGGAUGUGAAAUACACCCAAGAAACCACACAGGUUUACUACUUUAAAUACAUGAGAGAAUACCGAGCUGUGGCAGUUCUUUGGGGGAUUCUGACUAUAAUCUGGUGCAUCCUUACUGUUGUGGCUUUUGUCCAGCCACAAUGGAUUGGAGAUACUGAGACUAGUCCAGGCUACGGUCAUUUCGGAGUUUAUGCCCAUUGCUACCCAACCAGUACAACAUGGAGGUAUGGCUGUAAAGGGUCUUUCACUAAUUUUGCUUCAAUUCCAAAUGGAGCAUUCAAAGCAGUCACAUUAUUUGUCGGAAUAGCUGCUCUGCUCAGUUUGAUUUGUGUAGCAGCGCUUCUGCUCUUCUUUUGUUUCAAAAAAGUUAUUGUGUUCAACCUCUGUGGAAUCAUGGAAAUUAUUUCAGCUGUGCUGUUGUUUCUGGCGUGUAUUAUUUACCCAAGUGGAUGGGACCUGACCACAGUUAAAGACAUGUGUGGUCCCAAUUCAGGUCCUUACAAACUGGGCAAAUGUGGAAUCCGAUGGGCUUAUAUUUUAGCUAUUCUUGGUAUAAUUGAUGCUAUCUUACUGGCCAUUUUAGCCUUUAUUUUGGCCAGCAAAAGAACAAAACCUGAUGAUUACAGCGUGACAGGAAAAAUCACAAGAGCUGAGCUGUAUCCUAACUACAAUGACACAAUGCGUUCACAGGCGACAAUUAUCCGACCCACCAUGAUGUCCGUUCCUGAUAUUGGAGAUACAUACUCAGAAUAUUCCCAUCUUUCAAAUAAGAAAUCCCUUAUCAAUUUUGGCUUCCAGUUAUAAAAACAAACUUUCUUCUUUUUAACAAUUCCUCAACUUGAAACAACGAAAAUCUUACUAACAAUCUAUUUUUACACAAGCUUCCCUUAAAAACACUUUCAGAACAUAUUUCAAACUAUUUACAUUCUCAAUAAGGUUUAUAUAUUUGACUUGAGUAGUCAUUUGUCUUCUUCAUAUGUGUGUGUGUGUGUGUGUGUCACGUGAAUGCUCCAAGCUUACAAUAAAUGCAUAGAGAAGGCCUGGUGAAGAGAGCUGGAGUGACCCUCCUGUGUAUGUAAUUGUAUACUUUUCUAUGCGAAUGUUUAGAGUUGUAAUGUGUAUGCGUGUACAUGUAUGUUACUCUUUUUUUUAUACUGAAACUAAAAGUUUGUAUCACAAUUUGAGUUUCAUGCCCCAGCAAUCUUCAGGUGAGAACACAGUGGCAAGAAACUGGAGUCGUCUGGAAAAACAACUACAAGAAAGAGCAAACCAUGGAAUAAAGGAGAAACAAAUCAUCCACUAAUAGACAAAGAAUUUACUGUAAAGCUGCACGGGAACAUAAAACAUACACACACACACACACACAAAACUUUAAGUAGGAAGUAAAUAUUUUAAUGUAUUUCACAAUAACAAUAAGAAUAUAUAGAUUACAAUUAACAACUAUUAAAAAUAUGCCGUUUAUAAUUUCGUUUUUAAUCUAAAAUAUUCAUUUGCUGUUUUAGUUUUACAUUCAUUUUUCCAUGCUAGCAUGGGUUAGAAGAAUUCAUAUUAUUGGGGCAUUGUCUAACACAACCAAAUGCCUUUCCUGUUACUGGUUUUUCAAGUUAGGAAUUUCUCUUUAUUCUGCAUGUCUUUGGGAAGCUCAGACUUGAACAAUCAGUUGACAAGGAAUGACAACCAAUUUCACAAUUUGUAACUUAACAGUUUUUUUUAAUGUGAAACACAGAUUGUAAACAUUUAUACACACACACACACACAAACACAUUCAUCUGUACGUGUGUCUAUAUAUGUAUAUGCAUAUCAUAUAUAUAUAUACCCACAUAAACAGAUUCUAUAUAGUUUCCAGUACAUCACAUGCUAAACAUAGGAAGUGAAGUAAAAUCAUUUGUUAAAAUAUCCCACACAAAGACCCUAUUGCUGAAGCAGUCCUUAUAUGAUGCUGUGGGGACAAAAAUAAGUGUCAUGCAGGAGUUUGAGAGCAAAUAACGGAAACGGUACCACAAAUGUAGAAGGUACCUUUGUCAUAUGAUUCCAACAGCAAUCAAUAUUUGUGGAGACAAAUGAUGAUAAAUUUCACAUUCUUAAUCUUUUUGCCAGUUAUUAACAACAACAACAACAAGAAUAAUAUUAAUAAUAAUAAUAAUAAUAAUAAUAAUGAUAAUAAUAAUCAUCCUAAAUGUUUUUUGUAAAAGGCAUCAAUAAUAUUAAUAAUUGGAAAACUUAUCUUUUUAAAAGUUUACAUCUGCAAAUGUUUAAAUUUGAUUUAAUUUUCUAAUAAAUAUUUACCAUUUUC